AUGACAACGACAACGACGCCUGCGCCUGCGGGUCUCCGGGUUCACUCGCGAAGCACCGACGACUCUGUCCCCCGAGUCCCACCCACACCUGCCCUCGGUUCUCCAUCGUCACACCGCUUUCCACUUCAGGUGACCUCCGUGAGGCGGCAGCAGCGGCCCCGACGGAAACCGCCGAGGAACCACUCCCUUCCUGGGAAAGCGGCUGGAGAGCGGCGUUCCCCACCAGGGGCGCGCGCCCCUUUCCCAGCCCAACCCGGGCCACGGCGUUCGGCUUCUUCCACCCCCGCCUCAACUCGGAAACCGCCCCGCCCCGGGGACCCGGCCCUGAAGGGGCGUGCGCCACCCCCCCCCCCAGGUGCUGGACCAAACGUCUCAAGGGAAGGAAACUGCCCGGGGAGGCCCGAUGACUCAGCCACUGGUCGGCCGGCACGUGGCGGGACGCGGCCCGCGACCUCCCCGUCGGGCUCCGUCCCCGUGCCGAGGAGCCUCUCACCGCCCCAGAGCCCCUGCACCCCGGCCCCGAGGGCUGACCCCGCACGGGGAGGGCGGGCCGCUCGGGACUCCACCACUGACCCAGCCUGCCGCGCGCGCCCGCUCGCCCCCCACGCGCCAGCUCACCCGCCCGCUGCCGCCGUUGCCGCCGCGCGCACUUCCGGACGGCGCCGAUGCGACGUCACAGACGCGCGCCGGCCGGCGGCCAAUGGGAAGUGGCAGCAGGACGUGGGCGGGGCCCGGGCUGCUCACUCUGUCCCUCCCACCUGGCCUGGCCGCUGCGAUCUGCAGAGCGCCGUCUCCUGGCCUUUCCGAGGCCUGCGCAGGCCACCACGCCACCUGGGAACCCUGAAUUUGAUCAUCAUGGCAUGUGUACUCCUGAUUCUUUUGGGGGGCGCAGUCAUACUGCCAGCAGACUUACUUCCUGAUAAAACAUUUUCACUUCUCCCACCUGUCAAUUUCACCAUGAAAGAGGCCGGUUUGGCUCAAGUCCUUUUACGUUGGGAACCGAAUCCGGAUCAAGAGCAAAUGAAUGUCAAGCUAGGGUAUCAUGUGAAAAUAAAUGCCCCCCAAGAAGAUGAGUUUGAAACCAGGAGCACUGAAAGCAAACAUGUGAGCAUCCUUCACCAAGGCUUUUCAGCAAGUGUGCGGACCAUCCCGUGGCACAACCACACCCUCCGAGCAAGCAGCUGGGUUUCUGCUGAGCUCAAAGCCCCACCAGGGUCUCCUGGAACCUCAAUUGUGAAUUUAACUUGCACCACAAACACCGUGGCAACUAACUGUACACACUUACAGCCAUACCAAGUCUCUCUUCACUGUACCUGGCUUGUCGGCAAGGACGCCCCUGAGGACACACAGUAUUUCCUCUACUAUAGGUAUGGAUCUCAGACCGAAGAAUGUCAAGAAUACAGCCAAGACACACUGAAGAGAAAGAAUGCAUGCUGGUUUCCCAGGGCUUUUAUCCAUAGCAAAGGGCGUGACUGGCUCGCAGUACGUGUUAACGGCUCCAGCAAGCACACUGCGAUCAAGCCAUUUGAUCAGCUGUUUGCUCUUCACGCCAUUGAUCAAGUAAACCCUCCAGUGAAUGUCACAGCCAGGAUUGAAGGAACCCGUCUCUCUAUCCGAUGGGAGAAACCAGUUUCUGCCUUUCCGGCCCACUGCUUUGAUUAUGAAGUGAAAAUUUACAACACGAGGAAGGGUGCUUUUCAGACAGCAAACAUGACGACCAGUGAAUUCACCUCAACAGUUAGGGAUAUUUCUAAGUAUUCUGUUCAAGUGAGAGCAGCUGUGAGGUCUGUGUGUAGAGCGGCGGGUCUCUGGAGCAAGUGGAGUCAACCGAUUGAUGUGGGAAAUGAUGAGCCAAAGCCCUGGACAGAGUGGUUCCUGGUUGUGCUGAUGACGACCGUCUGCAUCGUGUUCAUCUUGUCACUCGUCUGCAGGAGAUGUCACUUAUGGACCAAGUUGUUUCCACCAGUUCCAGCACCGAAAAGUAAUAUUAAAGAUUUUGUUGUAACCGUUAACUAUGAGAAAAGUGGUUCCGGUGAAACAGAAAUUGAAGUCAUAAGUUAUGUAGAAGAGCCUGAACUUGAGGUGCUGGAAGAUUUCGUGUUUUGAUAGUCACUGUGGCAUUCUGGAAAUGAACUCACGCUCACAUGCCUCAGUGAUAAGAAGCAUGAGAACUGCUGUUUCUCGGCUAAGAGGACUUCAGAAUUUACUGAACACUAUUUAGCUGAGAGGCAACACAGCCAGAGGCAGCUCUUAAAAGCGUGGAUGCAUCUCAGAGUGCGCUCCCUCACCGGAGUGAUUGAUUGCUCUGGCCGCCCUGCCCUGCAUCCUCUCCGCACUCGGUGCACAGUGGCACCGCCUCACCUGCCAGUCUCUGAGAUUUCAAUUAUUUACCUGGAAUGUUUUUGGGCAAGAGACUGUUUUCAAGGCUAAUGUCAUCGGUGCUUACUUCUGGCAGUGCCAGUGGGACUGUUGAAGCUGCCUGUGGUAAAACUCAGUGAAAAUCGCAGGAAGAAAGCACUUUGCAACAGUCUGGAGUGAUCGCGAACUGGGGUUCAAGAUUGUCUUUCUUUCUUUCUUAUAACAAGUGGGAGCUAUGGCCCUCUUCUUCCCUGACUUGAAUACGUUGGAGGAGGGUGAGGGGAAGAGGAAGAGAGAGAGAGAGAGAGAGAGAGAGACGGAGAAGCGUUAUGCCAAGACCCACAGGCACCAUCGAGGUCGCAUGAAUGGAGCAAGCUCAUUUAACACAUGCACUAAUACAGCACUCCAUGCCAAAAGAGAAGACACGAUUUGAAGAUUGUGUUCUUGAAGGCAGCCUGUAUAGACCGGGAAUAUACUGAGAAAGGCGUGUUGGCUUGUGAAGGGAUCACUGGAUCAAGGAUGAAUUCCUGAGGAGACCUUUGCUGACAAACACUCAGCAGCUGCUGGGCGCCUGGACAAACAGCACCCGCUGGACCCCACCUCUUAGGUUUGGGGGAGGGCCUAUGGGAUCCCACCAAACAUCCCACCCAGACAGGAUGUCCUCCCCUCAAUAUCCUCCUGUGAGAGUCUGCAUCGAGGCUGGGCCUUUGUGAUGGGUGACUGGCUGCAGGUAGAACGAGUACAGGUGUGUCCUGGACAGAGAGGGCGCAGGAGGAACACUGGCCCCCACAGGGACUCAAACAGUGCUGCCCGUGCCUGGACCUGAGGCGGGAAGCAGAGCAGAGGGGAGGAGGUCACAGUGCUCAGAACCCCGCCAGGGUGGCAUGCUGGCAUAUGCCUUCCGGAGGUGGUUCAGUGCUCGUUGUCCUGGAAACCACCCACCACAACCAGCCGGGAAGGGGGCUCUGGACUACAGGCACGAAGCGUACGACUGCUGCCAGCCGCUGCUUGUUUGCAAGGGUUACGCACCGACUGUUUGUGUCCUCCCCCCGCCCUCAAAUCCGUAUGUUGAAACUCUGCCCUCCAAUGUGACUGUAUUAGGAGGUGGGGCUUUUGGGGGCUGAUUAUGCCCUGAGUGUGCAGCCCUCUGGAAUGGGACCGGUGCUCUUAUAAAGGGACCCUCGAGAACUUUCCUUCUCCAUCUGGAGCUACGAGAAGUCAGCAGUCUGCAACCAGGAAGAAGGUUCUCACCAGGACGCGACCAGGCUGGAACCCUGACUUUGGACUUCCAGCCUCCAGACUGUGAGAAAUAAACGUCUGCUGUUCCUAAGCACCCAGCUUGUGGUACUUUGCUCCAGCAGCUCGUGCUAACAGGCCAAGUGGGCACAGCCGCACCAGACGCCUCACACGUCACCUUUCAUCCCGACAAGCCCACAUCGCCCGUAUCACACCCCCGUUCCCCAGAAGCAGUCACUGAGGCUCAGAGGGAUUGUUAGGUAGUGAGUCGCUUAGUGAAGACUUGCGUCCCAGCCCCACGGGACCCGGUCUGUGGCCGUGAGCAGGCAGCACCAUCACAGCACAGAACACCAGGCCCACCUCAGGGCUCCCGAUGGAGCAGGUCUAGGUGGAGUCUGACAACCUGCCUUUCUAGCACGUUCCCAGGUGCUGCUGCUGCUGGUUUCCUGACCUCACCUCAACAACAGCUGCCCUGGGCAAGUCUGAUGAAUAUCAAAAUUUAAUAUGUAAUGUUCUCUCUGUUGAGGGAACAUGUGCUAGAAAAGUCCUGCCACAAACAAUGCCACUUUUUUGGACGACUGUUUCCUGUCUGAUUGCUUUCAAACCAGGGCCGGACACGUAGGAUUGCAGACACUGCCUCUGUCCAGGAGGCUGUGAGGAGCCACCCUCUGGAUCUCAGCAGCCAGCCAUCACCUGGGCACUGAGACCCAACCACCCUCUGGUUCUGGGGACGUGUGUGUCAGGGGCAGCACGGAGCCACCGUGGGUCUCCCUGUGGAUUACGGCCCUCCCGUUCCUCACUGCCCAGCUGUGGGACUCACACUCAGUCUUUGAGAACCCACAUCCUACGUCUCCCACUCCACGAAGCCUUAACACUCAGAGUCCGGUUGACGCAGCCUCUGGGGUCUUACUCUGGGCCUCGUCCCCUCUUGGGGCCAGUGCAGUAGGGAACUUACCAUCCAGUUUGGGCGUCUGUCCACUGGACUGUGCCACAGGGAGGUGAGCUCCUGUACAAUCAGUCUUUUUACCUGCGGUGUCUGGGACAGCACAUGACCCUUCGGAAGGACAAAUGCUUCUCAGACCCUCUGAAACCCUCCGUCACCCUGGCCCAGCUCCUUGCAUAGAGC